AUGGGGGUCCCCGCUCUGCAGCACCCUGCAACUGACGAGGACCGAGACUCCCCCGGCGACCGCUCCACUGGACCGCAGCACCAGGGCGCCCGCCUUGCAGGCUGGACUGCCUUCAGCGCAACGGCUUGCGCCUGCUGCUGGGACGACCUGGCGGCGCAAUAUGGCGAGGCGCUUGCGGUGAUGGACCCGCACCGCUCGCCCGUCGUGCAGUACAGCUUUGCGCAGCUGGCCGACGCCAUUGCCCAGUUCGCGUCCGGCCUGCAGUCGCUGGGGCUCAGCAAGGGCGACAAGGUGUCGCUUUUCAGCGAGAACAGCAGCAGGUGGCUGAUUGCGGACCAAGCGAUCAUGAACAGCAGCGCCUGCGUGCGGCGCGUCACGCGGGGGGUGUGGAGCGCCGUUACCGGCGCCGCGGCCGCUGUGCUGUGCUGCCGCUCACGGGUGGUGCUGCGCGUGGUACUGGCCGGCCCGCAGGUGCGCGGCACCAGCAGCAGCCUGGAGGAGCUGCAGUACAUCAUGCAGCACAGCGAGAGCGGCGGGCUGGUGGUGCAGGAUGCCGCCACACUGGACAAGCUGCUGCCCGCCCUGGGCAGCUCCAAGCAGGCCUGCCCCAUGCGCUUUGUGGUGGUGCUGUGGGGCUCGCCGUCGGCGGCCGCGGCGGCGGCGCUGGGCUCCCACCUGCUCACCUUUGACGCGGUGAUGGCGCGGGGCGCGGGUCAGGCCUUCUCCCCGCCCGAGGCCUGCGCCGCCGACCUCGCCACGCUCGUCUACACCAGCGGCACCACGGGGCACCCCAAAGGCGUCAUGCUGACCCACGCCAACCUGCUGAAGCCGGUGAGGUCCACGCUGCCGCUGUGCCGGUGGGAGGCGCUGCCCGCCAGGCUGCCAGACUCGCACUCAUAA